CGAGUGGUGUGCUUUCCACUUCUUCCAUGUGCUUUCCGCGCAGGUUGACGCGCUUUGCCGACUUGCAGCGUCGCUGAAUGAAUCGACGUAUCGCCCAAGAAUUUCCGGACUCUGGCUCGCUAAUUAAGACAGAAAUUUUCACCGAACAGCGCUCACAACUGCCACAAGGUCGAGCAAGUGUGACGUGACGUAUUGUGUGCUUGCCGUUUCCGAGUGUGUGACACGAUGAAAGGCAGGCCGAGCUACGCCUACAGCGAGAGGCUGAUGAAAAAGAUGGGCUGGACAGAGGGCAAAGGACUGGGAAAAAAUGAGAAUGGCUCGCCCGAUUUCAUUCGACCCAAGGUGAAGGUGAACACCAAAGGCAUAGGCUUCACCGGUGUUGAUGAUCGUUGGAUAGAGCACCAGGAGGCCUUUGACAGUCUUCUAGGCAACCUGAACGAUGGUAACCCUGCAGCUAAAGAGGAUAAGCUCAUCAGUGUUGAAGAGAGGGCAUUCAAGCUUGGCGGUCGUGUUCACUACUCAAAAUUUCUCAGAGGAAAGGACCUGAGUCAGAAGAAAAAAGAGGACCUCAAUGCCAUCGUGGUCAAGAGGAAAAACAAAAAAGACUUGGAAAGUGUGCGAGGGGCUGACUCAAACGGCCAAGGAGACCUGUCAGGAGUGAAAACGCACACUAGUAGUUUGAGCUACCAAGAGUACUUUGCUCAACGCAUGAAGGCGUCGAAACGACGUAGAGGGCUUGAGGAGGACGGAGACUCUCAGUCUUGCGAACAAAAUAGAGAGAGUGGAGGUGAAGACAGCGAGAUGAAGUCUGUAAAGAAAAGCAAAAGGUUUGAAAAAAAUACUUCUGCACAGAAUGAAUGGACCUCUUGCACCGAUAAAGACAAGGUUGGAACCGGCCUGGCACUUAAUGGCGUUUACACUGAAAAUGCUGGCUCAUCUCAAGAUGAAAAUGUUCAACCCAAGAAGAAAAAGAAAAAGUUAAAGGACAAAUUUGAUGAUGGCAGCAGAAGCCAGAGCUCUGAGAUGAGCGUUGAGCAACGAGAAGAAACGCUUAUGAAAGACCCAGUGGAGGUUGCCACAAUGCCGGACAAAUUCUGCCAGGAAAGCGUUGUCCCUGAAAGGCGAAAAAAACCGAAACACGCUGAUGACAGUGAGCCAACCCUACUCGAAGCUACCGUAUCGCAUACAGAGCCUUGCUCUGAAGGUGGUGUAUCUCAGCAGGUCAAGAGAAAGUCAAGGCACAAGUCUUGUGAUAGUGGUGAAAGUGAGGAGUUUGAGAAUGUCGCAUCAUCUGCGGAGCGAGCCUUGAAAGAGGACGUUCUUAAAAAACAGAAAAAAUCAAAGCGUGCAGUUGAGAACGAGGAAAUGUUCAAGCAGCAUGGACAAUUGAAAAAACUGAAGCGUGAUCUGGCUGAUGAGGAUGAGCAGAUAGAACAAGAAGACCGUUCGCAGGUCAGGAAGAGAGGCACAAGUAAGGCUGCUGUGUUGGAUGCCAAUGCUGAGGUGCUCCCGAAGGACUGCGAACUCGGGAAGCCUAAGCAAAAGCAGGAGGCAAAGGAAAAAAAGGGUGUAGCUAAGUUGAAUGCUAAAGCUAGUGCCAGGGAAGGGUCCAGUCAACUGCUGGAAGUGGCAUCUAAGAAGUGUGAACAGGAGCAAGAGGAAAAUGAUGAAUACGGGAAGCAGAUCGGAGGAGCCUGUGUGAAAGCCAAGUCAGUGCCUAAGCAAAAUUUGAAAGAAGACGCAUCAUUUGGCAACAGAAAUCCGCAGCAAAAACAGACUAAUCAGAACACUAAAGGUAAUAAACAGUCUAAACAAGGACAGGAGGACAUAGCAGCAGCUGAGAAGGGUCACUCAGAAGAAGACGUCCCUAGAAGACAGAAAAAAUCAAAGUGUACAGCCAAGAAUGAGGCAGUGUUUGAGCAAUGCGGGCAAUCGAAGAAACUGAAAUGUGAUCUGGCUGAUGAGAAUGAGCAGAUAAAGCAAGAAGGCGUUUCGCAGGUCAGGAAGAGAGGCACAAGUGAGGCUGUUGUGUUGGGUGCCAAUGCUGAGGUGCUCUCAAAGGACUGCGAACUAGGGAAGCCUAAGCAAAAGCAGGAGGCAAAGGAAAAAAAGGGUGUAGCUAAGUUGAAUGCUAAAGCUAAUGCCAGGGAAGGGUCCAGUCAACAGCAGGAAGUGGCAUCUAAGAAGUGUGAACAGGAGCAAGAAAAAAAUGAUAAAUACGAGAACCAGAUUGGAGGAGCCCGUGUGACAACCAAGACAGUGUCUAAGCAAAAGCUGAAAAAAGACGCAUCAUUUGGCGUCAAAAAUCUGCAGCAAAAACAGACCAAUCAAAACACUGAAGGUAAUGAACGGCCUAAACAAGUACUGGAGGACAUAGCGGCACCUGAGAAGCGUCGCCCAGAAAAAAAAGUUGUCCAAACAAGUAAUAUACCUCAGAAAAAACUAAAGAAAGAAAAGAAAUCUUCAGGGUCUAAGCUGAAGCAAAACGAAGGAACCGGAACGAAGCCAGUUGUAAAAAAACACAAUAAAGAUAAAUACGAGAACCAGAUCGGAGAAGCCAGUGUGAAAACCAAGACAGUGUCUAAGCAAAAGCCGAAAAAAGGCGCAUCAUUUGGCAACAAAAAUCUGCAGCAAGAACAGACCAAUCAAAAUACUGAAGGUAAUGGACGGCCUAAACAAGUACUGGAGGACAUAGCGGCAACUGAGAAGCGUCGCCCAGAAAAAAAAGUUGUCCAAACAAGUAAUAUACCUCAGAAGAAACUAAAGAAAGAAAAUAAAUCUUCAGGGUCUAAGCUGAAGCAAAACGAAGGAACCGGAACGAAGCCAGUUGUAAAAAAACACGAUAAAGAUAAAUACGAGAACCAGAUCGGAGGAGCCAGUGUGAAAACCAAGACAGUGUCUAAGCAAAAGCCGAAAAAAGGCGCAUCAUUUGGCAACAAAAAUCUGCAGCAAGAACAGACCAAUCAAAACACUAAAGGUAAUAAACAGCCUAAACAAGGACUGGGGGACGUAGCGGCACCUGAGAAGUGUCACUCAGAAAAAAAAGUUGUCCGAACAAGUAAUAUACCUCAGAAGAAACUAAAAAAAGAAAAGAAAUCUUCAGGGUCUAAGCUGAAGCAGAACGAAAGAACCAGAAUGAAACCAGUUGUAAAAAAACAUGAUAAACAUAAAUACGAGAACCAGAUCGGAGGAGCCCGUGUGAAAACCAAGACAGUCUCUAAGCAAAAGCGGAAAAAAGACGCAUCAUUUGGCAACAAAAAUCCGCAGCAAGAACAGACCAAUCAAAACACUAAAGGUAAUAAACGGCCUAAACAAGGACUGGCGGACAUAGCGCCACCUGGGAAGCGUCGUCCAGAAAAAAAAGUUGUCCAAACAAGUAAUAUACCUCAGAAGAAACUAAAAAAAGAAAAGAAAUCUUCAGGGUCUAAGCUGAAGCAAAACGAAAGAACCGGAACGAAGCCAGUUGUAAAAAAACAUGAUAAAGAUGCAAGCAAGCUUGCUGGAGAGAAUUCUAAGGCAACUGCAACCAAGCCGGUUUCGGGAGCCACCCGCCACCUGUGCCCCGUAGCAUGUAGCUCAGCCAGGCUUGAGGAAGGGACCUGGAUGCCCUACUUCAACCCCAACAUCAGUGUGCGAGCCAUAGACGACCGCACUGCUGCAUCGAUGGCUCAGUGGGUCGUCGACACGGUGGAGAAUUCGGGCAGCAAAAUAACACCUUACAAGGCGUGCCACCUGGACAAGGAGACUUAUGCCGCAUUGCUCAGCGAGCACAUUUUGAAGAGGCAUAGAACUUCCAACUGGAUGCAGAUUCCGGGGUAUGGAAGUGAUUCUUGGGUGCAAGGCAUCGUGAACUAUUUGAAAUCCGAAAUGCUGGUUAAGGGCCAAAAAGAUGCUUCGUCUUCAGCGAGUAAGGUUGUGGAAUGACAGUGACAUUGCUUGAGGACUAGUCGGGUGUGGGAAAUUUCUUGGUGAAGUGACCAUAGAUUGGUGCACAGCUGCAACAGCAUUCUUGCAUGGACAAAGGGUUCUACCGCCUUCCAAGGUGCCGGACUAGAAACAUGGUGAUCACGUAUGCUUCUUAUCUUCUGCAACAUCGUUUUAACGAGGCAGUUCUGUUGAGUUGAGUACGUUACAUGGUAACCGUUCAUGCUCCUUGUAGAUAAGUUUGCCCAGAUACACGCUUAACAACUGUGCCAGCAUGACACAAUGCUGAACUAGUGUUGAUUUUAUAUGGGAUGACUUCGCUAGCAGACUUCAGCGCGAAAUAUUUUUUAAUGCAUCACUGUACAUCAAUUAGCAAUAUGAAGUGCGUACAUUUAGGUCAUAUUUUCAAGUGCCACAGUGCCAGUGUUGCAUUAUAGGCUUUAUACGUUCAUGUACAGUGAAUUUAUGUUACGUGUUUAUGGAGAAAGUCUAUUAUUGCACCGAAACGUAGGCUUUUCAAGUUCCAUUCAUAAAUUAAGAUUCUUCAACAAGCCUAAAUAAAAAUGAAAUAUGAUUUAUUUAAGAGUACGAGUGGUACUACAGAAGUAACACAGAGGCCUGUAGUGGGAAAAAAGAACACAUGCCAUUGUGGACCACAAGUGUUAGCCAUUCUUGUGUUUCUUCAUUUGUAGCUUAUAUUUCCAAUGCACAUUUUAACAUGGCCUAAUAUUCAUUGCCGAUUGUCGUAUGGUUACUGGAAACAAAGGAUCAUAAAGCAUCAUGAAAACAGUUACAAGUUGUUCUGAUGCACCUGUGAGAACAUCUCUAACUUGCUAAGAGUGGUUUAUUUACCGUUAAUUUCAUAAAGGUUAGUGUGGCACAAGGUUUAAAAAAAAAGUUUGAACAUGUGCCUCAAGUUGAAGGCACAUAUUCAUUGCGAAAGAAAUGAGGAUUUAAUGUUGGCCGAAGAGCCAUGGAAUGCUGAAUAAAUAAAUGAAAAAAAGUUAUUUCUAGUAUUUCAGCAGCCUGAAUUUCAUUCUGCAAGAGCGACUGUUUUCAGAUUUUGAUCGCUGCUCAUACCAACUUGUGCCCCUCUUUGCAUUCUACAUCCUGUACAUUGGGUGUCCGCAACGUCAACAAGAAAGCUGGUGUUUCUUCUGACCACGAUCUUUCCUUUGCAUUCUCUCUCAAUUUGCACGAAGAUAUCUUGGAAAGCUACACACAGACUUGCAUGGUAUUAUACGAAAUUCAAAUGUCAUUGUUUGAUAAUAUAGAUGUUUUACAGUUAUAACUUGCUGUGUUGCUGUCUAGUUACCUUGACAGACGAGAAAAACUCCUGCUUAUGUGCGCAUCUUGGCCAAACCUUGCUUCUUCCCUGAAUCGACUAUUUCCCAGCUUUUCUGGAACGCACAAGUAUAUUUGUGCAUCGUAUCGCAAACCUGCAUAGAGGUUUUUGAUUUGACUUAAACUUUACGCUCGAGAUCAGGGUGCGUAAAACUUUCCUUGUCGUCUUGCCACUGAAACACGCGCAUUGCAAUACACUUUUUAAAAAAUUACUGCACAGGUACUAAGAAAUUUCAUCUGAUUCCUUUAAAGACUACAAGUCAUGCAGGGGCAGUUCAAGCUCCUUUUAGCAGGCAUAUCGCUGGUUUUGUUGCUUACUCGAGCACACACGACAGUGCAUUCCAUUUUUUGAACAUAACAGCCAGCCUAGCGUGCAAGUUUGAGGUCCUAAUCGCAGCUGAGGUGGCUUAGUGAGGGCUUAUUAUACUUGUGCUGUGUUCCUUAUACAGUUAUGUUCUACAGGAAUCUCUUUUAUCAAGAGGUAAAUACAAGAGUGCAGCGUUAUAAUUACGAAACGAAUCAUGUUACAGGCAUUUGUUCCGUUCAAGCUGCAGUUACAUUUUUUAAAAGACUUCAGUUAGUAACCGAGAGUCGGCUGGUAUCAAGGGGCCCUGCAAGUGAAAUGAAGCAUAUUGCUUUCAACACGUCUGGCACUACAGGAUACGGCAAUAUCAUGGCACAAGUAGGUACACCAAAAGCAAAUCAGUUAUGUUUUUGUUUGACCGGAGAAGCCACCUCCUGGUAUCGUCACACAGCGCUUCUUUGGCAUUGUAAUCGACAUUUGGUCAUGCGACAUUGACACCAGUGGCUUUGCAUUCUGAUUGGCUUUACAAGCCAAGUUGUACGCUAAGAAUGCGUGGCCCCAGCCAAGCCACACUAUUCCGCUAAAACAUCUAAAAGCAUUUUUGAUACCCUACCAGGUACAAGACAAUUUCUGUGCUUAAACAUAUUUCCAAAACAAUUGCAAGAUGACAUGAGGUGCUCUGUACAACAAAAUUUAGCUUCUUGUACCAGCAUUUGUCAAGACUUGGCUGCUAAGCGCGUCGUGCUUGUCCUUGCGUAACUUCUUCUUCGCUGCAAUGAACCAUUUUUUUUUGCUGUUGUAUCAGUUGUAGGUUUGAAGGCCGGUCUGCCAGUGUUGAGGCAGUUUUAUAAAGGUGAGCAGUCAACCAAGAAAUCAAUCGGUCAAUCAUCUAAUCAUUAAUUUUUUUUCAUAACGGGUACAUGUCUACACAUGGUAAACAGCACUUAAAAAGGAAAUUUUAGGUACUUAAGCUAGAAACUCAUUUCGGUAUUAAAAAAAAAUCUUGCAUGUUUUACUCAAGGGCAUUUUUCACAUCUUUGAAAAAGAGAAAACAUUUAUUUCAAAGCUUUGUCCUCGACAGCAUUUUGUUUGUGCCACCACGAGUGAUGCUCUACGGGCAUGUUCCAAGGUUCAUCACUUAGUGCAAUAAAUAAUAAAGUGAUAAAAAAAAGAAGGCCAAGCAAAUAAAGUGCUUAUGCUUUUACUGUUCAACUGACUGAGCCAACCUACAUGUAACCGCAUGCAGUACUACAAAAACUUUCAAAGACAUAACACUCCUAUACCAUCAUGCGCUAAAAAAUUGACCGACGACAAUGGGGAGGGCUCAUUUCCUAUAUAAUAGUUACAAGUGAAAAUUCGGCAAAUCAGUUUUGUCGUCCCUUCAAAUAUUAAACAUUGUAAAAUCGAACAUCAGGCUCAUACAAUGCGAACUUGCAAGCCGUUGCCUUCAGUUUAUCAGAGUUCAGUAUACACGCUGCCUUGCAAGCAAUCUGCUUUUUGUUUUAAUAUAUUGGUUCGAAGUACCAAAAAAAAUGAUGUGAUCAUGCGUCGCGUCGUAGUGGGGGACACUGCAUUAAUUUUGACCACUUCUGCUUUAAGCUCACAUGUAAAUCCUAGUAUGUGGUGUUCCUGAAUUUCUCCCUAUCGAAAUUCAGCUGUUGUGGCUGAGAAUUGAUCCCAUGUUCUUGUGUUUAGAAGCGAGAUUCCCUGCCAUAUACGCUGCCACAGUGUGUAGCUUUUUGUUAUCAGUGGCUUACUACCAUUAACAGUAACUAAUGAGAUGUACAAUAUUAACUAAUUACAACAAUUAGUAGAUUACUUUGGCAUCAUGAAUUUAAGCGACACCACCAAUGCUGUUCCAAUUUUGUGCCACCAUUAAAAAUUCACAAAAUUGUUCAAUUCA